AUGGCUACCUCCAGUGUCCUCGCUUUUGACGCUGAGGGUCGAGCCAUUGACUUUGAGGUCUGGGUCGACGACCUGCAGUUGUUUUCACAGUGCGAUAGGGCGGACGGUCUUUCUCUCUUUGACCUCACCUCUGGCGCCUCUCCUGCUCCUGCUGCUGAUGCUGACCCCAUUGUUCGCUCUCAGUGGGCCACCCGCGAUGCUGCUGCACGUCUUGCUGUGCGUCGCCACUUGCCCACCACUGAGCGCGCGCACUUUAGUCAGUACAAGAGUGCUCAGACCUUGUACGACGCUGUCGCUGCGCGCUAUUCUUCCCCUGCCACUGCUGCACUGAGCCUCACUCGCCUCCCUGACUCCCUUCGCGUAGUCAGGGACCACUUCCUCUCAGUCUGUUCCACCACCCUCACUGUCGACCUCCUCCAGAAGGCCCUCCUAGCGGCGGAGAAGAGUAUAGUCGCUGUAGGAGCCUCUCGUGGUGACCCGCGCACCCCCAUCUUUGAGGGGUGUUCUCCUUCCCCCCUGCUGCCCUCUGUUGCCUUUGCUGCUGCUGCCGACCUGCUUGGUCUUGAGUCGGUCGGCGCGCCGUCUGCCCCUAGCGGGAGACGCCGCCCUGGCAAGGGCAAGAGGGGCAAGGGCGCGGGUGGAGCUGGCGGGGGCGGUGGAGGUGGCGGUGGAGGCGGCGGAGGGAGUGGGGGUGGCAGUGGGAGUGGUGACGGGAGUGGUGGCGGUAGCAGCGGCAGUGGCGGCGGAGGUGGUGGCGGUGGAGGCGGUGGGAGCGGAGGCGGUAGCAGUGGCGGAGGUGGAGGCGGUGGUGGCGGAGGAGGUGGAGCUGGUCAAGGUAGUGCCCCGCAGAGGAGCGGCUCUGGUGGUGGUCCGCAGCAGCAGCAGCGUGCUUGGGACGUCCCCACGCCUCAGCAGCUCCGUGAGUGGUACACGCAGAGUCAGCGUGGUGGAGGCUUUGGCCCGUGCACCUACGUUCUUCGCAGCGGCGACCGCGCGGCGAUCUUUGAGCUCGACUUUGAUGCUAUCCUUGCUGCCAUGUAUGCUGUGUCUAUUAGUGAUGAGGGUGACUGUUACCGGUGUUUCCCGCCCGACCCGGGCAUUGGUACGGCUGCGCUAGGUGCGUGUGACACUGCUGCGCUCUCAGGUGCUGGUGAGGCUGCGCUCUCAGGUACUGGUGAGGCUGCGCUCUCAGGUACUGGUGAGGCUGCGCUCUCAGGUACUGGUGAGGCUGCGCUCUCAGGUACCACGCCGGCUUCGACCUCCCUCACCUUUACACUUGACUCUGGGGCUUCUCGCUCCUUCUUUCGGGACCGCACCACACUCACGCCGCUUGGCCGGCCGGUUGCGGUCUCCCUGGCUGACCCCUCUGGGGGUCCUGUCCUCUCUCACUUCUCCACUGUCCUACCGUGUCCAGCUGCCCCCUCGGGCGCCCUGUCUGGUCUGUACCUCCCCUCGUUCUCGACGAACUUGGUGAGUGGUGCUGCCCUACAGGAUGCGGGGGCUCACCAGUUUACUCCUGCGAGUAAGCGGGUGACCCACUGCACGGACGCGCGCACAGGCCGGCACCUGGCCACGUUCUCCCGUCGGCCGGGGUCGAGCCUCUACACCCUGACCUCUGGGUCUCCUCCUGUCCCUGUGUCUGGCCAGGUAGCUGCGUCCAAGUCUGGUCCUGAGUUUGCCCCCUGCUCGUGUCGCCUCCUGUCUCACGAGACUCUCCUGUGGCACCACCGUCUUGGCCACCCCUCCUUGCCCAAUCUCAGGGACAUGGCUUCCCGUGUCCUUGUCUCUGGUCUUCCCCGGUCUCUCCCUCCCCUUCCUUCGGGGCCAGGACCUUCCUGUGUCCCUUGUGUCGAGGGGCGCCUCCGGGCUGCCCCCCACUCCUCACAGUUUCCUCCGACAGAGGCUCCUCUGCAGACGCUUCACAUGGACGUGUGGGGCCCGGCCCGCGUCCGUGGACAGGGUCACGAGCGCCACUUCCUGCUGGUGGUUGACGACUACUCGCGUUUCACCACAGUCUUCCCCUUGCGCAGCAAGGGUGAUGUCACUGAGGUGUUGAUCGACUGGAUCCGCGCAGCUCAUCUCCAGCUCAGGAGGAGCUUCGGCUCGGACUUUCCUGUUAUGCGUCUGCACUCUGACCGAGGCGGAGAGUUUUCCUCUGGCCUUCUGCGAGCCUACUGUCGUGCACAGGGCAUCCGCCAGACCUUUACGCUUCCGGACUCUCCACAACAAAAUGGGAUUGCUGAGCGCCGCAUUGGCAUGGUCAUGGACGUCGCUCGUACGUCCAUGAUGCAUGCGGCUGCCCCCCAUUUUCUGUGGCUGUUUGCGGUACGGUACGCGGCGCAUCAGAUCAACCUUCACCCCGGGGUUUCCCGGCCGGGGAAGGUCCGUACCUCCCCGGCCCUCCUGUGGACUGGGAAGGUCGGCGAUGCGUCUGCGUUCCGUGUUUGGGGAUCUCGGGCGUUUGUCCGCGACUUGUCUGCGGACAAGCUGUCCCCCCGUGCUGCUCCCUGUGUCUUCCUUGGCUUCCCCCCUGACGCUCCAGGGUGGCAGUUCUACCACCCCUCCUCUCGUCGUGUUCUGUCCUCCCAGGACCUCACGUUCGACGAGUCAGUCCCCUUCUACCGUCUCUUCCCCUACCGCACUCCUUCCCUCCCCCCGCCACCGGACUUCCUUGUGCCAGGUCCCCCCCCGAUAGACCCCCUCCCCCCUCAGGUUCCUGCCCCUUCAGGUGUGUCCCAUGUAGACGCCGUCGAGCCGGUCGAGGUUGAUGGUGACUCUGGUCCUGCUGCGGGUGCUGAGCCUGGGGGUGCUGACUCUGGGGGUGCUGUGCGUGGGGGUGACGAGCCUGGAGGUGCUGAGCCUGGGGGUGCUGUGCGCGUGGGUGCUGAGCCUGGGGGUGACGAGCCUGAGGUUGCUGAGUCUGGGGGUGCUGCGCUAGAGGGUGUCGAGCCUGGAGGUGCUGCGUAUGGAGCUGUUGAGCCUGGAGGUGCGGAGCCUGCGGUUGCUGGACCUCCCCUUGUGGCGUCUAGCGGUGCUGGGCCUGGAGGUUCUCCGGGUGCUCCGUCUUGGCGGGAGCCCCUCUCUCCACAGGAGCUGCGCGAGUGGUUUGCUCGCCGCUGGAGGCGUACUGCUGGAGCUGGAGCUUCUUCGGCCGCUCAGGGUGCUGGUGCUGCUGGUCCUGGAGCUGCUGGGCCUUCGGGUCUUACUGAAGCUGGAGCUGCUGAGGGUGUUGGUGCUGAGAAUGCUGCUGUCUUCCUUGGCGGUGGUCCUGCUGCUGGUGCGACUGGAGGUCCUGCCACUGGAGGUGCUGUUGGCGCUGGAGCUGCCGCUGAGGGUGCUGCGUCGUGA